AUGGACCGGUCCAUUCAGAGCUCGGACGCCAUGCGUCCAUCUCCUUUGCACACUGUGAUUCGGACAAUACCACCAAUGGAUCUGCUCGACAAGGCAAAUGUCAAGAGCGACCGACUCGAGCUGGGCGUAUAUCUCCCCUCGCCCCUCUUUGUUGGAGGGGGUACAGUCGAGGGACAUAUUUCUUUGACUGUUGAUGACGCGAUUCUGGUAUCAAGGAAGAGGCUCAAGCCCGUCUCAAUUUCAAGACUGUCGGUCGAUAUCAUUGGUGUGGAAGAGAUCAACGAUGGCCGGAGAUGGGCUUUCCUGGCCCUGGGAAUAGACCUUUUCAGCGAAGAUCAUCCACCGCCGAAUUCUCUCAUCGACAGCCGUUCUCCCAAGUACAAAUCUGAGCUUGGUUGGGUAAUGAAACCAGCGUCUGCAACCGUGCCCUUCUGCAUCAAUUUACCACUCAACCUUGGCCCGCCGCCCUACACGUCGAAACAAGCCUGCAUACGAUACGUCGUCUGCCCAACAGCACAAAUUGCCGUUGGAGACAAACACAUGAUCGUGAGGCAGAGCUGGAACAUCCAGAUGCUUACGGUUCAUGAUCCGGAGAAGGCAUUGUCAAGCCUUCCUAGCCCUCUCCUGGCUACAGACUCUCUCACCGUAUCUCAGUCGCCAGAUAUCCAGACGGUACGAGUCACUGCUGGCUUACACCGCCAGACUUGGGUCAAUGGAUCCGUCAUCUUUGUUGAUGUCCAUAUCAUUAACCAAUCAUCUCGGACAAUCAAGAAAAUUGAGGUUCAGCUGGAGAAGACUACUCUGUGGUACACUCAUGCUGCGGCAGGAACAGUAGAGAAGAGCGCAAGUCAUCUUCGCCUGCCGAAAAGGAGCGACACCGAAGUGGUCAACACGACGACCAUCAAGAAGAACAAAGACUGGGCUGGAGUGAUUCCCCACUCAUCUGAAGUACGAACUUCCCCUUUGGAAAUACCUCGAGGCCAUGUUACGAUUAGUACUGGGCGCUAUUUCGAGGUUCGCUACUUCAUCAAUGUCGUAGUUUCGGUAUCCAUGUUCAAGUCCUGCACCGUGCAGCUGCCGGUCACGCUUAUUCACAUCAACUCACUCGACAUUUUACCGAAUUCUUUGGCGCAAGUCGCAGCCUCGAUCGAAGCUAAGAGGUCUCGCACGCUCCCUCUAAGCCAAGAACACUAUCAACAGUAUCACCAAGGUCAAGCGUUCGCCGCCCCUCGACGUCAGUCAUUGGAGCAAUCGCGAGCCGAGUCCGUGUUGGCAUCCAAUGAUGUUAGCCUGCUGACACAAGAGCUGGAUAACUCUCCCCGGCGCUUCCACGGCCGGGGUCUUUCUCAUGCAGAAAUGAAAGAGAAUAAAUCAGGACGCCCCAGCGUCACGUCAGCCACACAUCAUCACAGCAAGCACCAUGCAAGCUGCUAUCAUUGCCAUCUGCUCUACAAGCAGCAAGAAGAGCGACCAGGAACUUCUGCAACUCAGGCCGGCCCAAGGCUGCCGCGGCUGCAAGUAUCGACCUCCGGCUUGGGCUUCUCGGAAUCCGAGUUUGAGUUACCUUCGGAAUCACCCAAGAAGGUCAUGCUCAGCGAACAUGAACGAAAGAUGAUCAAUCAGCAGAGGGAACUGAAGCUCCAGCGCCAAUCCAGUCUAGGUCAACGCAAGAUGAGCGCUGGCAAUGAUUCGGGACAGUUGCAGGAGCAGCCAACGUAUCAGAGUUGGAGAAACGUGGCCGCCGACUCCGAGCCAUUUCCGAUGCGCCCAACCGGGCCACUGCGUGAUUUGGGAGCCCGAGCACUUAACGUACCUCGCAAACCGAUAUCCUCUAUGAAAAGCAAAGCAAAGGAGCCUAUCCGUGCCCGAUCGAAGACCAAUCCAGAGAGAAUGGGCUCUCUGUCGAGAUCCAGCAGAAACCGCCAGGGCGCUCUCAGUGCUGACCUCAUAAACUCUGGUAGCGGAGCAUCCAACGGACCUAGCCAAUCUUCAGGAUCCAAUAGACCCUAG